GUCGGAACAGAUGAGUUCCAACAGUUGUUCAAACAUCAAAUAGGACAGUGACAUUUCAUCAAAAACAAAACAUUACACGUCAUUUAACAGUGACUGGAAUUCCCCUUCUUCCGAAAACCACACAUUUCCAUCCUGGCGAAUUCGAACGCCGGACGAAGCAUGAGACGCUCGAACUACAAUUAUCAGCCGCUGCCGCAACAUCCAGGCGGGCCCAGUACAAGUCACGAUGCCCUCGAGGAGGAGAACGAGCGAGUGGCUGACGAGCUGAAGGAGAAAAUCGGCGCUCUCAAGUCCCUGACCAUUGACAUAGGCAACGAGGUCCGCUACCAGGACAAGAUGCUGCGAGGCAUAGACGACGACAUGGACCGCACGGGCGGAUUUCUGUCGACGACCAUGUCCAGGGUUAUCAGACUGGGGCGCGGAGGCGGAGUGCAUAAGCACAUGUGUUAUAUGUUUCUGUUUGUGAUGUUUGUCUUCUUUCUACUGUACAUAGUCCUUAAGUUAAGGUAAUGCUCGUUCACGGAGCGCUAGAUUAGUUUUUUCAAGGUGUCACCUACGAAACAAAAUUAUGAUGAUUUGUGCAUUAUUGUCCGGCGGGGGUUGUUGUUAUUUCAUGUAUUUUAUCAUUAAAGGAGCAUUUAUAUUAGUGGAA